AUGCCGAUGAAAUCGUUAGGGCGAUUGCGGAUGCGAGCGGGAAAUCAGGUUCGCAAUGGUUAUGCGAGGAAUUUUUCGACAGGUAUGAGGAGGGAAACAGAUGGUGUGUAUAGGGAGUUGACGGCGAUGAGGACAAGGGUGCCGUUUAUUGAGGCUUUUAGGAGAGAGGAGGCGAAGAAGGCGGGGAGGGAUGUGGAGGAGGGGGAGGAGGAGAAGGUGGGGGGUGAGAAGGAGAAGGUGGUGCAGAGAGGAGAGGGAGAGGGAUUGGAAAUGAAGAGCAUGAGGGAUAGUUUUCAUAGGGUGAUUUUACCAUUAGCAAGCGAUCCUUGGCUUUUGGAUAAUUAUAUCACGGCAAGUGGACAUAUUAGAUUGGGAGCUAUUUUUAUGGACCUCGAUGCCCUCGCCGGAGUAAUCUCCUACAAACACACCGGCGACCGCGUCAUGACCGUCACCGCUGCCGUCGACCGCAUCACGCUCUCUCGCCCCCUCCUCGAAAUCUGCGAUCUCGAAUUAUCCGGCCAAGUGACCUUUGCCACCGGGCGCUCCAGCAUGGAAGUCUCGCUGCAAGUAUGCAAAGUCCCGUCUGUCGGACAGGAAAAUCAACCUAGGAGGAAAGAAGAUGUUUUCAUGGAAUGUGCGUUCACGAUGGUGUCGCUAGAUCCGGUUACGAAGAAAGCGGUGAGGAUUGCGGGGGUGAGGCCGGAGGGGGAAGUGGAGGAAAGUUGGUUUGAGAGAGGCAGGAAGAGUUAUGAGAAGAAGAAGAGGGAGUUGGGACGGGGGUUGAGGAGUAUGGAACCGGAUGAUGAGGAGAGUGAUUUGAUUCAUAGGUUGUGGUUGAAGACGUUGGAUUAUCAUGACCCCAACACCCCCUCUCUCCUCCCCAAAACCUGCACUCGCAUGUCCAACUCUACCAUCCAAUCCGUGCAAAUCAUGCAGCCCCAAUACCGUAACCGCCACAACUUCAUGAUCUUCGGCGGUUUCCUCCUCAAAUCCACUUUCGAACUCGCAUUUACCUGCGCAUCGGCCAUUUCGCAUUCGCGUCCUAUUUUCCUGGGUCUGGAUCCGAGUACUUUUGAGAAUCCUGUGCCCGUGGGUAGUGUGCUGUAUGGGGAUGCGGAGACAGAGACAGAGGCGGAGACGGGGAAAGGAAAGAAAACGAGGGUACAGAUAAGAGUCGACACGAAGGUUAAGAAUGUAGAACAUGGCGAGACGAAACCGACCGGACAGUUUAAUUAUACGUUUGAGGUGGAGGGGGAGGUGCAGGUUUUGCCGGAGAGUUACAGGGAGUUUAUGGUUUAUUUGGAUGCGAGGAGGAGGAGUAAGGGGAGGGUGGAAGAGAGGGGAAAGGAGAUGGGAGAGGGGAAUGCGAAGCCGGGGAAGGGAAUUGAUGUACUUGGGGCUGGGGGAGAUGGAGGGUUGAAGGUUUUGUGA